ACAGCCACAUGAAAUCAUCGCCAAACGCAAUUCGCGAGAUUUUGUUUUGACAGGCUGUGUCAUUCAUUCAACAUUCAACAUUCAACAAGGCAACACAGACGAGCAUCUCCAAUCAAGGCAAAAAGGCAUUGGCAAAGGGAUACGUUAGGCUUGGUUAAAAAAGGCAAAAUAAGGCACUUACAACAGGGGGAAAUCUCUUCGACAAGAGCUCAGCGUCAAAAGAAAGUAUCGUUAUGGUAUCUAUCGUCAUUGGCAGAAUUGACAACAAUCCCUCGGGAGGAGGUUCUUGCUGUAUUGUAUAUCGCAACGAAAGGUAUCAAGAGUUUCAAGGCGAAGAUGACGCUAUCAUUGAGAUCGAGGACCAGGAAGUUGGGAAGACUCAGACUCCCUAUGAUCCUGAACUCGACUCUCCUUCCUCUUGGACAACGAAAUCGUCUCUGAAAGACAAGACAUGUUGCGAUCGUCUUUGUUUCUGCUUGGCCAGAGAAAAAGCUGCCCGUCUGACACGUAUCGUUUGCAAUCUGACUCUCGUGCUUUUUACAAUCAGUGGGGUUACCUAUGGAAUUCUGGGAACAGUGGGGGUCAUCACAUUCUUUCACGGCGAAAGUGGAAGCAGCAAAGAGGCAAUAGGAAUUAUGAUCAUCUUUGGUUCGGCUGUGUGGGGUGCCAUUGCACUAAUACUAGUCAACUUAUCGUGGAUAUACCGCGGCAACAGCCAGAAAGUAGUGAUACAACUGUCAUGUUGGGAGUGCGACUGUCCCAUGGCCCAGCUUGCUGGUACAUCGAUUGUACUCUUGGCCGGUUCCAGCUUGCUGAUAACCUACCACAACAACCACACCGUUUUACUAGUCAUGAUCUUUGGUAUCAUCAUACCUGUCAUUACGAUGGUCAAUAUUCCAUCGCUCUUUGAUAGACCUGACGAUGACAGUGAGCAGAUAGACCAAGAAGGAAAGCCAAAAGAAAUCGAGGUGCUACCUGGAAACUUGGAAUGGCACACUCCACCCCUCAAAGUACCCGUGGGAGGCAAUAAAACCUUUUUCAAGCUUCGUUGAUCGAAGCUCACUACAGCGGAAAGAGAUGCGAAAGAAGGAAUAGAUACAUGUAGAGGGAAACUUGGAAUGACUGAGAAUCUGAUAAGAUAAUUGGACUCCUCAAAGUACCCGUAAGUAUUACCGGUAUUUGCCCGUGGGAGGAGACGGGAAGAACCUUUGUCAAGCUUCGGUUAUCGGAGCUCGCUACAACGGCAACAGAUGCGAAAGAAGUAAUAGAGCCAGAUGUAAAUAUUCAAUGUUAACUAUAUUUGUUAUGC